AACCCCGAGCUUUUCUACCCGACCUGCGCCGCCGCGCCGCUCGCCGUCGCUUCCCCCGCGGCGCUUCGGGGCUCCGGCGAUCUCUGCUCGAGCUCUGCCGCCGUUGGUCCAUCCACGUCAUGGGGGGUGGGAGGAAGCGGCGGCGGCGGGACGGCUCGGAGGCGCCGGCGAUCCACCCGCGCAACCGCUACGCCGCCGCGGCGCCGGACUUCGCGUCGCUGGCGUCGCUCUACCCGUCCUUCGCCCCCUUCGUCUCCGUCUCCCGGGGAGGCCGCGCCUCCAUCGACUUCACCGACUUCGCCGCCACCCGCGAGCUCACGCGCGUCCUCCUCCUCCACGACCACGGCGUCAACUGGUGGAUUCCGGAUGGACAGCUGUGCCCUACUGUGCCAAACAGAUCCAAUUACAUCCACUGGAUUGAGGAUCUUCUCUCAUCAGACCUCAUACCACCAAUAUCCAGUUCAAACAAGACUGUAAGGGGCUUUGACAUAGGCACAGGUGCCAAUUGCAUCUACCCUCUGCUUGGGGCUUCUUUACUAGGCUGGAGCUUUGUUGGAUCUGAUGUCACUGAUGUUGCCCUUGAAUGGGCUAAAAAGAAUGUGGAGAGCAAUCCACAGCUAGCAGCUCUGGUUGAGAUUAGAAAUGCAAACAAAAUGUCCUGUUCUUCUGAAUCUGAAGCAGUUGAUGGUGAAGCAGCCAGGGAGAACACUUCGAAGCCAGUGGAUGGUGUACUGAGGUCGAAACCAUCUAUCCUUCUUGGCGUUGUGAAGGAUAGUGAGAGCUUUGACUUCUGUAUGUGCAAUCCUCCUUUCUUUGAAAGUAUAGAGGAAGCUGGUCUUAAUCCAAAAACUUCAUGCGGUGGAACUGCUGAAGAGAUGGUUUGUCCUGGUGGUGAACAGGCAUUUAUAACUCGUAUAAUUGAAGACAGUGUUUCCCUUAAGAACUCUUUCAGGUGGUUUACUUCGAUGGUUGGCAGAAAAGCAAAUCUAAAAAUAUUGGUUUCAAAAGUUCGUGAAGCUGGGGUGUCAGUUGUGAAAACUACUGAAUUCGUGCAAGGUCAAACAGCUAGAUGGGGCCUUGCAUGGUCAUUCAUUGCUCCAAGGAAAAUGGUCAUUAGAUCCAGUACACCUGGAAAAGCCAACUAUUCUUUUAUGCUUCAAGGCCUUCGACGUGAAUAUGGUGCAUUUCAAGUGCUGAAGUCAGCUGAGAGCUUUUUCCAUGCUUCUAAUCUAUCGUGUAAAACUGAUUCUUCAUUAUUUUCUAUUGAUGUUACCUUAUCAGAUGAGCAGGCUCAGGCUGCAAUGUUGCACGAUGAAUCUGGUUCUGUAGAAGGCAACUCUACAAAGCUUCAUAGUGGUGUUACUGGAACAUCCUUCCGUAUUUCGGUGUUUGAACAAAUGCCAGGCACACUCCUAGUCAGAGGUUCAUUAUUGAACAAAGCACUGUCAGGUAUCUUCUCAUCGACAUUCUCACAACUAGAGGACACAUUAAAGAUGGAAUUCCUCAGCAAGGCACGGUAGUUAAAGGCCAUCAUUAGGGACUUAAUCAUGAACCCUAAUCAGCCUAAUGUUUGGCAAUCAUGAGGCAGCCAUGGACCAUGGCCUUGGCCGGUAGCCACAGAGAUCACAGGUGCUGAGCUGUGAUGAAAAGCUGCUUCCGCUGCAGGAAUUCUUGUCGCCCAUCUUUUGCUUGCUGGUGUGGGCAUUCACCCCUGGACAAGCAAGCUAUACGCUGUCACGGUGCUUGGUUACAAGUAACGUUAAAUGUUUUUUUUUUUUUUGGCGGGGAAAGUAACGUUAAAUGUUGCCUUCGCUGCUUAUCCGAAAUUGGAAAACGACUCGCCGUGUGAGAUUCUUCCUUUUCCAGAUUCUGCAGUGACACCCACAAUGAAGAACUGCUUUUGUGUCACUGGCUGUGAGAUGUUUGUAGAUGCCUGAAGCUGUGCUCAAAAUAUCCGUAGAAAUACACUGCAUGGUCUGUACUGGAUGUCUGGAUGAUUGUAUACCAACCGUCUCUUGCAAGUUGCAACAGCUGUGUUCAUUGCCUCUCAAUUCUGUGAUGAACUGGGUGUUAACUGUAAACUUCUAUGGUAUCGAUGUGAGAAAAGUUCAAGGUUUA